UUAUUUACGACCCCGAUGGGUACUGGAUCGAGAUUCUCUCGAAGAACCCGGGCCAGGCUGGUGCCUAAGUGGGAUCAGUACACGCGACAGUAACAUGAAGAUGCAGGUUUAAGCAGUCUGAGGUGCUGGCCUGGGCGUCGGAGCUCACAUCCAUCAGUGCUGGCGUAGACUCAGUCGCAGCACUCUGCAAGUGUACACCCGAUUCGAACCCUUGACAAAGUCCUUUCGCGCUAGAAAGAACGGGGAUGGCGAGUGGGCUCAAGGACGCCAUGGCGCGAUGGGCAAGCCAUGCCAAAUGGGCAGUUGGCAUCCGCCCGACACCAGCGCUCAGCCAACUGUGGCAUUGCACGGCGCACCUGACCACGAGCGAACCCUCGCAUCACUGGGAAUCAUUCGACAUGGAUAAGCAGAAGCGCGAGCAUGACGUUAGCUGCGCUUAGUUCAGUGGGCCCGCACGAGCUGGCACGCUCACGCCUCGGAACCACCGCGCCAACGAAGUACCGCCAUCAUCAUACUGCCCACCACCGCAUCCUCCGACCUGAACUCACCACGCGGAGGGAGGACAGCAUCUCAAGCGGUACCAUGCCCCGGCGCCAGCUCCAGCAUCACUCCUCGACGCCACGCAUCUCGCCCUAUACCCAUCCUCGCAUAUGUCCACUCCUCACACCAGCCAGUUCUCAACGCCCUGCCUCCCAUGGCGGCCUUAAUCGAUCGAGCUAUUAUACCCUACAUCGCAUCCGGGAAUGCUUGCAAGCUUCUAUGCCGCCGCAUGUCUUCUUCUCGCACCGUCGCAACGUGUCUUACCGCCCCCGGGCAGCCCGCUUCUGCCGUUUCUGCCUCACUCCCGUUCCAGAUCCGCUUACUUCGGCCCGGCUUGCUUCUCUUCCAGCAGGAACGUUCUCGGUAAUUCUGCGGAACAUUCCUAGAAAACGUUGCCUCGCCACUCACCCACUCGCCGCUCACCCACUGAUCCUCCCUCCUACUGAACUGCACCCUCCUCUACUCCUGACACAGGAUAUGGUUAUGCAUGCUCAGUCGGACGGAGUAUGAGAUGUAGAUACAGCUAUGACAGCUAGUUGGCUCUGGCGCCCCGGCCGCGGCCGCGCCCAGGCGGGCGGGGGGGCAGGCGCGAGCGGCAC